AUGGGUCUCCACAGGGGCAUCGCGCUACGCGCGGCCGUGCUCGCCGCCGUCCUCGGCUUCGCAGCUGCCGGGUUCAUCUCAAAUGACGCGCUGCUGGAGCACGGGCACGCCGCCACCGGCCGGAGCCUGCUGCAGGCCAAGAAAGAUUGCCCGGUGAGCUUCGAGGACGCCAACUACACGAUCAUCACGAGCCGGUGCAAGGGCCCGUUGUACCAGCCUAGCCUGUGUUGCGGCGCACUAAAGGACUUUGCGUGCCCUUACUCCACCUACAUCAACGAUGUCACCACCAACUGUGCCUCCACCAUGUUCAGCUAUAUCAACCUCUAUGGCAAGUACCCGCCGGGCCUCUUCGCCAACACCUGCCAUGAGGGCGACAAGGGCCUAUCAUGCCCAGAGGACACGCCGCAGGUGCAGCCGGGACAGAAGGCCUCUGGCGCGGCUAUUGUCAUCGCCCAGGCUGCGGCCAUGGCGGUGGCGGCCGCGCUGGCCGUGUCAUUGAUCAUGUCGUGCUGA